GCCGCCUCACCAAUCAUCUCUCGACUCUCUCUCAGCUUGACUCGGGUUCUUGUUACAUCGGUAGAUUGAUCGGACGCGAGUGAUGGCGAAGUCGAGUGUGGCGGUGACGGAGGUGGGAGUGGCGGCGGCGGCGGCGUGCCCCUGCCCGGGGACGCUGUUCCCGUACCCGCUGCCGCGCGCCGGGAUCGCUGCCGUGCGCCGCAAGUGCCUGCAGGUGGACCUCGGUGCGACGGCGGGGCUGCUCAGCGGCGCCUGGGGCGUCGAGUCCAUGCGGGCGUCAUCGCCCACGCACGCCAAGGCCGCUGCCGCGCUAGCCGCCGGCGUCGACGACGAGCGCGCCGCCUGGAUGGUGCGGCACCCGUCGGCGCUGGGCAAGUUCGAGCAGAUCGUGGCGGCGUCCAAGGGCAAGCGGAUCGUCAUGUUCCUGGACUACGACGGCACCCUGUCGCCCAUCGUCGACGACCCCGAUGCCGCCUUCAUGAGCGAGACGAUGCGGAUGGCCGUGCGUAGCGUUGCCAAGCACUUCCCGACGGCGAUCGUGAGCGGCCGGUGCCGCGACAAGGUGUUUGAGUUCGUGAAGCUGGCGGAGCUGUACUACGCCGGCAGCCACGGCAUGGACAUCAAGGGCCCGGCCAAAGCCUCCUCCCGGCACGCAAAGGCCAAGGCUAAAGGAGUUCUCUUCCAACCAGCAAGCGACUUCCUGCCCAUGAUUGAGCAGGUGCACGCGCGUUUGGUGGAGCAGACACGGUGCAUACCCGGGGCAAAGGUGGAGAACAACAAGUUCUGCGCGUCCGUCCACUUCAGAUGCGUCGACGAAAAGAGGUGGGGCCAGGUCGCAGAGACGGUGAAGGGCGUGCUGAGGGAGUAUCCGAAGCUGCGGCUGACGAUGGGGAGGAUGGUGUUCGAGGUGCGGCCCACCAUCAAGUGGGACAAGGGCAAGGCCCUCGAGUUCCUGCUCGAGUCGCUCGGUUUCGCUGACUGCAACAAUGUGCUGCCCGUGUACAUCGGCGAUGACCGCACCGAUGAGGAUGCUUUCAAGGCUUUGCAGCGGAGGGGUCAGGGCGUGGGGAUCCUGGUGUCCAAGCACCCCAAGGAGACAAGCGCCUCCUACUCGCUCCGAGAGCCCGCCGAGGUGAUGGAGUUCUUGCUGCGGCUGGUGGAGUGGAAGCGCUUCUACAGGGCCAGACUCAGGCUGCAAUGAGACGGCCGGUGGAUGCAUGCAUGCGAUCAACCGUGCUAGGUGAAUGGCAGAUCGAGGAGGAGGAGCUAGCCUGUUCAUUGAGCAUUGUUGUAUCAUCGUAUGAGCAGCAUGCUUUCUAUUUUCCUCUCCCUUCUUUUUUUUUGACCCUUGCUAGGGGGUGUAUACCAGGCAUGUAAAUUCACUAUUAUAAAAAAGAUUUUUCGAGA